GGUACAUACACUACAACUCUCGACCGACAUGUGCCUGACGAGGGUGCGGAGCAGCCUCAUUAACGAUGUCUUCUUUCGACACAGAUACUGUUCAAACAUACAUUCACCACCCGCUCUGUUCGCAACCCCGAUUUAGUGUUGCUGCCUACCGUGACUCAUUUUAUUGUUUACUGCCCCGGCGUCCCAGCGCUGGCGUCAGUGAACGAUAGACCCCCACUUUUCAACCAGCCUAAGCCUAUAAGACGGCCCUGCUGCCUCGGAUACCGGCGUUUGCCACUACGACGCGACGGGUGACCUCUCAGGUAUUGACGCUAUUUACACGCCGGUUCAGGAGCCGCCGAAGCGUUGCGCGGUAAGGAACUCUGUGAGCCAACUCGGCCUGCGAGUCCCGGGGCGGCGCAUCAUGGUUCGGACGACACGCUCAUCGGCGAAGCGGGACUUCCAGCCCGAGAGCUCAUGGCGCAUGGUCGAAGGGGGUGAGAAUGACAGCUUCGACACGUCUAUAUUACACGAUGACGAUGAGGAGUUUAUCAUCUCGAGCGGCAGCGACCCCUCGCAACCGGCCGGAUCGCAACCCUUCAGCAUCGGCGGAUCCCAGCCGUGGAGCAUCGGGGGCUCGCAGGACGAGAGCAUCGAGAACUUCCUCAACAAUGCCGAGGAAGAUGAGCAGGUUCUUCUACGGUCGCCGUUCCGCCCGUCAGUGCCGCAGUCUGUACGGCAGAGCUCCAGGGAGAACAUGAGACAUCGGUCACCCGAACCGGAGUUCUACAUGCCCAAGGUCGAUGUUGAGAGCCCCAGGAGGCCGACCACCCGGUCGUCAACGACCGUCAGAGCGGCGGACCCGACACCGCCGCUGCCUGGGUUGAGGCGUCGCCAAGGCGCCGCGACGGGGAGCCCCAGCAAACGCCGGCGUGCCAAGGGGAAGGAGGAGGCCGAAAGCGGGCCUGCGAACGAGCAGGCGUCGUUCAGUGACCGCAUCUCGGCAUCAUUACCAGGUGCCCUACUUGAUGCUCUCGGUUGGGCUUUUGGGGUGGUCGGGCUAGCAUUGCGCUAUGCGCAGAAGCCGAUCGCCAUCUUGGUGUCGUUGUAUCUCACGUUUGGCGGGGUCAUCGUGCUGCAGAACAUGGCGACAAAAUCCCUCUACACAUCCCUCUCGCCAUUAUGUCGCGUACCGGGGGUGUCGUGGAUGGAGCUUCCGUUCUGUCCGGAUCUCCGGCCAACGCAGGGAGCGGGAAAGGAGAAGCGGCAGCCAGUCGAGUUUGAGAGCCUGAUGAGCGUCCAAGACCAGUUCGAGAGGGUGCUGGAGAAGUCGGCGCAAGGUGUGUCGCUGCCCAUGGAGAUGAAGCGCUCGGAAGCCUCGAUCCGGGACCUCCGCACCAUGGUCCGCUACAGCACGCUCAGGGACAAGGACGAAUUAGUCUUGGAAUUUGACGGCUUCAUCGAAACCGCGCGGUCCGCAUCGAGCGGCCUCCAGAACUUCAACACGCACGUCGGCUCGGCCGUCGACUGGGUGAUCAGCAUGAACCGGUGGACAUCGCGGCAUCUCGACUCGCUAGAGGAGGGCGGCAACAAGGACGAGCAGGGCGGCCUCCUCGGCGCGUGGACGGGCUGGCUCUUCGCGCCGUUCCAGCCGGCCGUCUUUUCCGAGCGGCUUCUCCUCGACCGGUACGUCGAGCACACGGCGCUCGUGUCGGACAAGAUCGCCGGCCUGAUCCUCGAGGCGCAGGCGGUGCUCCGCACGCUCUCCAAAGCCGAGGACCACCUGAGCACCAUCUACGACUUCGUCACGCGGACGCAGAAGACGGUGCAGAGCCGCAAGGACGAGAUCCUCUGGACCCUGUGGACGCUCGUCGGCGCCAACAACCAGCGGCUCAAUAACCUCAACAGCCAGCUGUCGCUGCUGAGGCAGGUCAACGCGCAGCGGUCGGACGCCGUCAAGCAGGUCAGCGCCCUGAUCGUCGAGUUGGAGAAGAUCCAGGCCGGUCUGGGGGACCUGAGAGACCGGGUGGCCGCGCCGGGCUUGAUCAGGGGCCAGGCGGAGGUGCCGCUGAGCGUGCACAUCGAGACCAUCAACCGGGGCGUGGAGAGGCUGGAGGCGGCGAGGAGUCGGAUACGGGCGGAGGAGAACGAGCGCAUCAGAGAGGUUUUGGCUAGGGGGAAGAGGGAGGAGCGGCUGAUUGAGCAGGCUUGAGCAUAUAUUUCUUUUCUGUGUAUUUUAUUGGGUUCUUGUCAUUUGGUGUUGGUUGGAUAGGUACUUCGAGGACCACGGCUGAGGUGCCCAGGUGGCUUGUUUACUGGUUGCGUUUGCGUCGGGGGUAUUCGUUUACUUUUCUCUUUUUCUCGAGGCGCUCGGGGCAACACAGGACCCGCGACGGCAUUUAGAGGGCACAAACGGAGGUAUGGUGUUCAUUACUUACUUGGUACUCAGUAGUUGUUACAUUAGCCGGCAAUUUUCAGCUGCGAGUUGCCUGUUCCUUCCAGUGUUACUGUGUUGCUGUGCCCAAGUGGUAUCUGUGAGCGAUGUUACCCCCUCUUGAAUGGUUCUUAUCUCUCGAUUAGGUACGG